AUGGAGUAUUUCAGUUUGCUUUCCGAAGAGAAUACAUUGGAUAUAUUGAGUAGAGAACCAGCUGAAUCAAUUUUGGAAUCCAAAUUAGUAUGCAAAACUUGGAAUCAUCUGGUUUCUCAUCAUCCAUCGUUCUAUAAAAUGUACUUGCAUCAUCUUUCUACUACUGGAGAUUCUGGUAAGUUGAGUUUUAUUGCUUUAACUAAGUUAGCUGAUGAGAAUGAGAAAUUUCAAUAUUUUAAAUAUGAUCAGAAUCAUGAAUCAACAACACCUAUUCGGAGAAUCACAAGGAUUAAUUUCACUCCUCCUGUUUGGAGAUUCAACUUUGUUGGUUCGUGUAACGGGCUGAUAUGUCUUCUUUGGUAUUCAUCUGUUUGUAUUUGUAACCCCAUUACAAAAGAAUAUGUUAUGCUUCCAGAAAUGGAGAAGAGUCAAUGUGAUACUAAGUAUUAUAGUCAGGUGAGCGGAUUUGGUUACGUUUCCUCAACCACUGAGUACAAAUUUGUAAGAAUACGUAAGUUGGAUACCGGGUUUGUCGAAGGCCACAUAUAUACUUUAGGUAGUGGCAAUGGCUGGAGAAACCUUGGAAAGUUCCCUAUGAAUUCACCCCAUCUUAUGCGGAACCAGGUAGCUUUGCCAGUGGAGUUCUUUAUUGGAUCAGCCAUGAUUUAG